CGCCUGUCUCAUCAACGAAACUCUAUCAGAAUGGCGAAUCAGUACAAUUAUGCCGGUCAACCACCAUAUCAACAAGGCGCCGGAGGUUACUACCCGCAGGGCAACAAUCCGUACCAAGCUGGCCCUCCACCGCCUGGAUGGAAUCCGCAAGCUGGACAACCGGGCGGUCAGUUCUUUCUUAAAUGA